AUGUGGAGUAGCGACGACGAAGAUUUAAAUCUUGCCUUACGGGCCUCACAAGAAACGCUUAUCGUCGAAAGGAAUCGUCGACAACCCGUACUCCAGCCAGAUGAUGACUCCAUUAGUACGGAUGGUGAGCAAGCCCUGGUGGUUCUGCCGCCAGCUAAGCGUGCACUCAAGUCCAACCUGCAAGAUACAUCGACCUUUCCGCGGCUGUCCGCUACCGGGGACAAGCCUCGAGAUGCGAUCGUAUUGCACGACGAUGAAUCCGACUGCUGCGAUGACGAUGCCGCCAACAUGGAACUAUCCCUCGUGGCACGACUGCAACGCAAGCACCAAAUAGAAUUUGAGGAGGCACCAUCUGCUAAGAAACCCGUUACUUUGCCACAAGGUACUAACGGUGCUCUUGAAGUCGCAACGGUAGGCCACAGUCCGUCUCCAACAAAUACAGCACCUCCACGAACCGAGUUAAAGCAGCAGAAACACACAGCUCCAAAAAACGCUCCGGUUGCUACGUCCAUCUUAUUAAAUUCAGACGAUUCGUCUGACUCGGAUGACUCUAUAAAAGCUUUAAAAUUACGAUUAGCUGCAUCGUCGGAGCGCUCCCGUCCACAGUGCUCACAGGAUAUCGACUGUUCCGGGUCAGCGUCCCCAUCUCCACCAGCGCGCAAAUCCACUAACGUCUCCAAGCGUAAAGAACGUCCGGCGGUCGAAACGAAGCGCGUCCAAGAGAUCAGUAAGCGCCAGAAGGAGAUUGAAAGGGAGCGUUCUCGAGAAGAGAAAGCCCGGUGUCAACAAUUGAAGGCGGCUGAACGUCAACGGCUCAAAGUGGUAAAGCAAACUUCGGUAGCUCUAGAAAAAGCUCGCAAACAGAAACAGCGUCAAGCAUCGGAUCAAGCACGCGGUAAAUUUUGCCACAAAGAAAUUGCUGUUUUGAUUGAGCAAGAUUGGGUCCAGCAACCUGUCUGGAAGGAAGCGAUCACUGACGGCUUAGUGGCAUCGGAUGAUCACCCCUACAUUUGGCAUGAGUACGCCACCUUGCUUGGUUGUCCCACUGUCCAAUGGAUUCGCAAAGAUUACUUACUAGGCGGUGCUACUGACGCUUGGCAGCAACUUCGCAAAGGGAAUCACGCAGGCUAUCACCAUAUCCCACUCCUAUGUGUUAUUGUUGAACCUGACAUUUUCUUGAAGCUGUUGCAUCGAGACAACAGCGAAGAUGACGAUUAUCCCGAACUUGAGAACUGGUUGAAAGGAAUACAGGCUGGCUGGAAAGGAGCUUGGAGCCAUCAACAAAAAGGCACCCCGCGAAUUAUUAUUCUAUUGUACAAGGUCAGAGAAACGCUGGACCGCUUGUGGGUUAAAUACAAGCGAGAAAGCCGUGGGCGUCGAGUGAGCUCUUCACCGCAACCACCAACGGCCGAAGAAUUGCAUGACGCGCUAAUCUGGAUGAUGAUUGACUUUCAAGUAGAGUGCAUUCAUUGUUCAUCGUCAGAACAGACUGUACACGAGUUGAGCAAGAUGACUCGCCUCUUGUCGGAAAAGCCGUAUCAGAAGCACGUAACGGAGCUUGAUUGUGUUCGCAAGCUCAAACCACGAGUGGACGAGAAUUCCACCCUCCAAGAACGAGCUGAGGAUUGCUGGUUUCGACAGUUACAACAAAUCCCACGAAUAAGCCUUACGGUGGCUCGUGAAUUUACGCAGCACUAUCCGACUGCUCGAUCGUUAUGGAUUGCGUACCAGAAUCCCGCACUUUCGGAAGAGCAGAAAAGGGUUCUCUGUAAAAAUUGCUUCUCGCAGAAGGCCUCGCACGCCAAACUUUCAACUUGGAUGUACAAGACAAUGACGGGAAAUGACCCCAAUGAUUUACUACGAUAA